GUAUUUGUGAAUUCCAACUUGAUAUAUUGUAUCAGCGUUGGCUGAUAACAAGAAAAAAUAUAGAUAAUUUCGUUGCCAUUAUACUAGUGCAUUUAAAGUUGUGUUUAAACACAGUUGUAUAGAUAAAGAAAAUGAGUAAAAAAGAAAAAAGUAAGGAGAAUAAACCGAAAGACAUUAAAGUGAAGAGAAAUAGAAGUGGACACAGUGCUACGUUGAUAAUACUGCCCAUAAUAUUCGGUAUUUUGGCAGCAGCUGGCUACUCUAUAUACUUAGAAGUAAGUACUGUGCCGGACCUACCACAAAUAGAUUUGAACGCAUGGUGGGGACCCAAUGAUACUAAGACCAAUCAAGACACAUCUGUAAGGCCUUAUAAAGUGGUAUUUUCUGACGGGCUCAUAUACGAUCUGAAUCAAAGACAGGAACGUUACAGAGCAGACACAAAAGGCAAGAAGAGUCUUCCAGAAGUAGCUUGGACAUAUGGAGUCCAUUCUGAUGGGUUCGCUCAAUUCUUUGCUCAUUGGCUGUUCAAAUGUAGUACAAAGUAUCCUGAGAGAGUGAAGUUUUUAAACCAAUUCGACCAUUUCUUGACGAAUAUUCAGGGACUGGAUAUCCAUUUUAUACACGUUAAACCAAAAGUACGGAAUGAAGUAAAGGUAGUUCCCCUGCUCCUUCUACAUGGAUGGCCAGGGUCAGUGAGGGAGUUCUACGAAGCUAUACCACUGUUGACAACUCCUAAACCAGGUUAUGACUUAGUGUUCGAAGUGAUUGCUCCCAGUUUACCAGGAUUCGUGUUUUCACAGGCACCAGUCAGACCAGGCUUGGGGAGUCCACAAAUUGCGGUGAUAAUGAGAAAUCUGAUGCAAAGGCUAGGUUUCUCCCAAUACGUGGUCCAGGGUGGAGAUAUUGGUCAUUUUAUUGGUUCUGACAUGGCCACAUUGUUCCCUAAUCAAUUAUUGGGCUUCCAUAGUAACAUGCCUCUCAAUUUCCAAAAGAAGACUAUUUGGACCUGGGUAUUGGGAGGUGUUUGGCCAACGUUGGUCGAACAUGAUCACACUGACCGUUUGUACCCAUUGAGGAAACAUAUAGAAUUCUUUUUGGAAGAAUCUGGAUACAGCCAUAUUCAGUCUACCAAACCUGAUACUAUAGGCGUAGCUCUCCAAGAUUCUCCAGUAGGCCUCGCCUAUUAUAUCCUGGACCGUUUCAUGAUCUUCACAGACCCGAGCAACAAGUUUGAAGAGGACGGUGGCCUCUCCAAGCAUUACAACAUGACCAAUAUUGUCGACAACAUUAUGCUGUAUUGGGCUACAAACUGUAUAACCACGUCUAUGAGAUUAUAUAAAGAGAUGGCUGGGAUGACUGAAUUGACGACUGUUUUGGCCAAAAUUCCAACACAAGUUCCCACAUGGGGCCUCCGCCUGAAGCACGAACUGUUCUUCCAGCCAGAGUUCACUCUUAGAUGGAAGUUCACCAACCUCCUUGGCACCACCACGUUGGACAAAGGCGGCCAUUUUGCUGCUUUCGAAAUGCCUGACGUCUUCGCUGACGACGUAUUCAAAGCUGUUAAGAGUUUCAUCGAUUUUCGAAAUAAGGUGGUGAAAUAAAAAAUUUUUUUUUAA